AAACAGCUGUUCUUGACACCACCAACCAACCAAUUUAAUCUGUUCUGUGUAUAUUUUCUUGGAAAGAUAGAGUUUCUAACACACAAGUGCUCCCAAAAAUAAGCAAAAUAAGCUGCUUCUUCUGAAGGCCAAUAUAUUCUACACCGUCAACAGUUUAACGAUAAUUCCGUCAAAGUGGAGAAAAUGGGCUCAGAUGACACCAGCACCAAUUCGAGUGAGGCCUUCGAUCGGGGAGAUCGCAUACAAAAGGGAUUCCAAAUAAACUAUAUGAUUUUACGUGAUGCCGAUACGGGAAAGGUUAUAUGGCAGGAAAACAAAGAUUUCUCAUCGCCAGAUGUGGAACAUGAGGCCAAGGUGCCCGUGAAAAUACUCGACUUGCGGGCUGUAUCGAGAGAAAUCAAUUUCAGUACAAUUGAGGCCAUGGAAAACUUUCGUUUGGAUCAAAAGGUACUCUUCAAGGGACGCAUAAUGGAGGAAUGGUUCUUCGAAAUGGGUUGGGUGGGUGCGAACACCACAAAUACCUGGCAAUCGACCAUUGAAGCAGCACCCGAAUCACAAAUGAUGCCUGCCAAGGUUCUAAAUGGUAAUGUCACCAUUCAAACCAGUUUCUAUGACAACGAUACACUCAUCACCAAAUCUGUGGUACGACUUUACUACAUAUAGACAGUUUCUCAGUGACCUCGACAAUGUUGAUUACACCAACAACAACAACAACAGCAACAUCAAUCACAACAACAACACUACAUUGCCUGCUCAUUAUAACAACCAAAAAGACAAAAGCGGACAUCUCCUCCACGUUAUAAAAAAAAAACCAAAUCAAUUUACAACAACAACAGCCCACACAAUAAUUACGAAAUUUUAUUUCUGCUUUAUAAUAUUAUUUCAUUUCAUUGAUUAUUUGAUCUCUCUCCCACAACAAAAAAACAAAAAAAAACAUUUUUUGUUGGUCAGUUUAAUGACAUUUGGAAUGUGCAUUCACUGAGGAGAUACCACAAAAACAUACAUAUUCACCUACUGCGGGGUUAUGUUCUGGAAAUUGAAAUAACAACGACAUACCAACAACAUAAAUUAACAAGCAGCCAAACGGUUGGAAGAAGAAGUAAUGAAAUUGUUAAGCAUUUCUAAUUUAAAAUUACUAAAUAUUUAUUUAUAAACAGUAAUAAUAACAAUAUGUCUUAAAAUCUAUACAUUAACACUUUGCAUACACACGCACACACAAACAAAUAAUUUAGAACUCUAUGUGUGUAUGUAUUUUUAUUUUUAAAACAUUUGUGUUGCAUUUCUUGAAUAUUUAGGUAUUUAGACGGAAGAUGCCGUCAUAAACAUAAAAAACGAAUGAACGAUUCUGUUUAAUGUACUUUAGAUAUUUUUUUGUUCAGCGUUUUUUCAACAUUUAAUUCAGCUAUUGUAUUAAUAUAAGCAAUAAUCCUAGAUAAAUAACGUGUUAUAAGAAUUUACCAUAUACAUAAGUGUAUACAAAUAUUUAUUUUUAAUAUUUAAUUUUAUUAAACAAAUUAACGCUUGUUUUUAAUAUUACUAAUACGUUUUAAAUGAAAUAUAAAAAAAGAAACGAAAUUCUGUUAAC